AUGGCUCCCCUUUCGCUCAGCCCCCAGACCAACCUCGAACUCAAGAAACUCAUAGACGAUGCCUGCUCGAACCCAAAUGUCGACCUGCCGUAUGCCGCCGUAGUCGUGGUCGGGCGCGACGACAACGGCAUAAGGGAGCUCUUCGCCUACUCGUCCAAUCAGGGAGACGACGACAUACUGUGGCUAGCCUCCUGUACCAAGCUCGUCACCAGCAUUGCUUGCAUGCAGCUCGUCGAGGAGGGAAGCCUCGCCCUCGAUGACGUCCAUCAGGUGGAGACGCUCUGUCCCGAGCUAAGAGACGUCAAGGUCGUGCAGGAAGACGGGUCGCUGGUGGACAAGAAGAGAGGCAUCACCCUAAGAAUGCUGCUGACCCAUACAGCCGGGUUUGGAUAUUCGUUUCUUAACCCCAAAUUGGAAAAGUACAAUGCGAGCUAUGAUGAGUUCUCUGGCAGCUUUUCUGACUUCCUACAACCGCUUGUUAACCAACCAGGAGAACGGUUUGAGUACGGUAUCUCCCUAGACUGGGCCGGUAUCCUCGUUGAGCGCGCCAGCGGCCUGAAGCUCAACGACUUCAUGCAGCGCAACAUCUUCCUGCCCCUCCAGAUCCGCAACCUCACCAUGGUCCCAUCGGCACAGAUGAAGGACCGGCUUGCACAUCUAUGGCAGCGCAGCGCGGACGGCCGACUGUCGCGCGGCGUGAUCCCUCUUAGCAGAGCACUAUCUACAGACCCUGCCGAGGUCGCCGACACAUUCCACAGCGGAGGUGCAGGGCUGUUCGGAAGUAUCCAAGAAUAUAGCAAGAUCCUAGCCACCCUUCUCAACGACGGCACCUGCCCCCUGACGGGCGCACGCAUCCUCUCCCCAACCGCCGUCGCCAAGCUCUUCACCAACCAGCUGCCGGACGCGCCCAACUUCGCCCGCCGGCACCUCCCCGCCGUCAAGCCCAGCCUAGUCCACCCAUCCGAGAGCCUCUACCCGCUGUGCCCGCCCGCGCUGCCGCAGGGCUGGGGUUUCGGCUCCAUGAUCUCGCCGGGCGUGACAGGGCGGUCCGACACCACGGCACACUGGUCUGGUCUGUCUAACGUGUUCUGGUGGCUGGAUCGGGGGAAGGGUGUGGCCGGCGUGGUUGCGUCGCAGGUCUUGCCGUUUGUGGAUCCCCAGGCGGCGAUGCUGUGGGUUGGAGUGGAGAGGUUGGUGUACCGAGGUAUAGCACACAAAGAAAGGGAGGCCUGAGGGAAUCCUUGUUGCUUUUGCGCUUGACACACACCUAACUCUCCAGCGCCAGUUAUCCAAUGAUACAUAUAUCCGUACACAGUUAACACAGAGUUUGAUCCCAGGUCUUCAGGUCGUCCAUUAGUUACGACAUGCCGCCGUUCCCCUGGUCUUCUAGGAAUGGUACGAAAGAGAGCCAAGUCAAAUCGGAUGGAUUACACAUCAACGUCUGGUUGAAGCGGCCAUCAUCAUGGAAGAAGUCGGGAGAGAAGAAGUCGUCAUUUUGCCACGGGAAUUCGGUUCUCGUUGUCUGCUGCUGCUGCUGUUGCUGUUGCUGCUGCUGCUGCUGUUGUUGUUGUUGUU